GUUGCUUCGAUGGAACUAAAAGCCGGAAAAACUGUAGAGAGAAGUACCAGGCUCAACAUCAUUGGAGAACAGCAACCAAUGCUAGUGAGCUAUGGCUGAGACAAAGAUAAAUAAACGAGAAGACGAUGAUGUGAAUGAUCAUAGGGCCAAGAAAAGGAAGGUGGAUAACUUGUCCAAGGAUCACUGGCCGGAAUGGUUGAAAGAGUUGGAGAAGAUCCACUUCAGGCUGAAUUCGUACUUUACCUUCAUCUCCUCAAGAAGACAGAUAAUACCAAAGUUUGAAACGUUGAAACAACCCGUGGAGAAGGCUAUUGGUAGGGAGCUGACAUUGGAAGACGGCGCCAUGCUUGCUGUGCUGCUGCCAGACGAUGUGCUGUUCAAAUAUGUUGAUGAGAACCAGUUCUUGACUGAGAAGAAGGAGUUUCAAUGGCAAAAGGGCCAUAUUCAAAAGGAUCUGGAUCUGUUCAAGCUGAGAGACAUGGAGCUCACUGAACAGGUCCUCGUGUUUGAGUUCAUAGAUGGCAACUUAUCAAAGACCAGGACGAAGUCGGCAUUCUACACUGAAAUGAAGGUGCCGAGUUAUACCCCGGAGUCUAUGAAGAAGCUGAUACAGAAGAGAACAAACAAAUUUAUACAAGCUGCAAAUGAGUACUUGGAAUCAUGCUCUGAGAAAGGUAUAGAGAACUCUGAACAGCAUCUGAGGGAGCUUGCGGGACCUUUGAUCCCAAGAAGACGUAAUUACGUUGAUCCUAUUGAGCAAAUGGUGAACAACAGAAGGUUAGAACCAGGAGAAGAGAGACCACCGAUUCCAGCGCUGAUUGAAAGUCUGAAGACUACCAACUAUAGAAAUCAAAUAGCUGGUGAGUUUGUUAUUCCAGAACGAGAAGCCUGUUAUGAAGUGUUGGACUUCGAAAUCACAGAGAACUUGAAGGAAGCGUUGGAUAUUCCUUCGGGGUUUUAUUCACACCAAGCAGAGGCUCUGAAUGCAAUCCACCAGGGAAGUAAUGUGAUCAUCUCUACCUCAACUUCAUCAGGUAAGUCGCUUAUCUACCAGGUGCCUGUUCUUGACUUGCUGGAAAACGUCCCACAGACAAGUUCAAUGUAUAUCUUCCCGACAAAGGCUUUAGCUCAGGAUCAAAAGAGAUCAUUUCAAUACUUGAUGAAUAAGAUGAGACUCACCUCGCUCGUUGAUACGUUUGACGGUGAUACAGAAGCUUCAAGAAGAGCUGAUAUCAAGAACAACGCAAGGGUUAUCUUUACGAAUCCUGAUAUGUUACACACGAGUAUAUUGCCAAACCACCAGUCAUGGAGGCAUUUCCUCUUGAAUCUCAGAUUUGUCGUCAUUGACGAGUUACACAUCUAUAAGGGACUCUUUGGAUCACACGUUGCAUUGGUCAUGAGAAGAUUGAGAAGGGUUUGUGAAUUCUUAGGAAAUCACAAUCUUCAAUUCAUCUCUUGUUCUGCAACAUUGAAAGAUCCAGUAAAGCAUAUGAAUGCGAUCUUUGGUGUUGAAAAUAUCAUUCAUGUUGAAAAGGAUGGAUCUCCAACUGGUCAGAAGCACCUAGUUGUCUGGAACCCGCCUCUCAUCAACUCGAAGGACUUAGCAGCAGGAAGGGAGAACUUCAUCGCAGAGUCGGCAAAGAUAUUGGUGAAGUUGGUGUUGAAUAACGUACGUACCAUAGCAUUUUGUUAUGUUCGCCGUGUGUGUGAAUUGCUCAUGAAAGAAGUGAGGAACCUACUUCAUGAAAUGAACCAGCCUGACCUGGUGGCUCAAAUAAUGAGUUACAGAGGUGGUUACUCUGCUUCUGACCGUCGUAAGAUUGAGCAGGAGAUGUUCCAUGGGAAUUUGUCGGCUGUGAUAUCUACCAAUGCCUUAGAACUGGGUAUAGAUAUCGGUGGUCUGGAUGCGGUGCUGAUGUGCGGAUUUCCCUUAUCCUUGUCAAACUUUCAUCAACAAUCCGGAAGAGCAGGUAGACGUAAUAAGGACUCGUUAACCCUGGUCGUUGGAAGUGAUUCCCCUGUGGACCAACAUUAUAUCAAGCAUCCCGAUUUGUUGACCAAGAGGGAGUUUCAAGACUUGGUAUUGGACUUUGAGAACAUGCUGGUCUUAGAAGGGCACUUGCAAUGUGCUGCAUUUGAGCUACCUAUAACAGACAGUGAUGCACAGUUCUUUCCAAACAUGGAUAAAGCACUUCCAAAACUCGAACACGAUAGAGACGGCUACCACACAGCAAACAGAUAUCUUCCUUGGCCUUCUAAAUAUGUAUCCAUUCGAGGCAUUGAAGAAGACCAAUAUGCCGUUGUUGAUAUAACAAACAACCGCAACAUAGUCAUUGAAGAAGUGGAGGCCUCACGAACUAGCUUUACCCUCUAUGAAGGGGGAAUCUUUAUUCAUCAGGGUUAUCCAUACCUUGUGAGGGAAUUAAAUGUUGAUGAACAUUACGCCAAAGUGGAAAGGGUUGAUGUUGAUUGGGUAACAAGUCAAAGAGAUUUUACUGAUGUUGAUCCAAAGGAAAUUGAAAGGGUGAGGUCUAUAGAGAAUAGCGAUGUGCCUAUCUACUUUGGGAAAAUUGUCACAACAAUCACUGUUUUUGGCUUCUACAAAGUUGACAGGCAAAAGAGAAUCCUUGAUGCCGUUGAAGUCCAUAAUCCACCAGUUGUUAUCAGAUCUAAAGGUUUGUGGGUAGAUAUACCCACCAAGGCACUGGAUAUACUAACGUAUAAGUCAUUGAAUGCUGCGGGAGGUAUACACGCAGCUCAGCACGCAAUAAUGGGUAUGAUGCCAUUGAUUAUCACCAGUGGCACUGAUGAGAUCCACACUGAAUGUAAAGCCCCUGAGAAGGAAUUUGCUGAGAGACAGACCAGUCGUAAAAGGCCAGCGAGACUGAUCUUUCACGAUGCUAAAGGUGGUCAGUAUGGGUCUGGUCUAUCAAUCAAAGCAUUUGAUCACAUUCAAGAACUCUUACAGGAUGCCUUGAAAUGUAUUGAGGAGUGUGAAUGUGAAUGGGGUUGUCCUGAUUGUGUUGCUGCGGCAUUUUGUAAGGAGAAUUCAUUGGUUCUAUCCAAACCUGCUGCUGAAGUGAUUCUGAAAGUGAUUCUUGGUGUCGAAUUCGACAUGGAUAGCAUACCUGAUGGGCCUGAGCCGAAUAUGCCUGAAAUCAAAGUUGAAACUAUCGUUCCGGCUGGCCUGCCUGUGAAGUUUUCAUCAGAUGUUCAAAUUAUCGAUGUCAGGAAGGCUACAGCUCCAUUGAGUACGAUACCUAAAGAAGAUGAUACUGAAUAGACAGAAAGUAAUAA